UAUCCUUAUUUACGUACUCUUCCACCACAGAUAGCUCGUGAGCAAGCGCUGGUCAGACACUACUGUAGUAGCAAAAGCCUUUCAACAUGGAGGGAACCAAACCUGAUAUUUCUGAAGUAGCAUCCUUUGAUGCAAGUAAAUUAAAACAUGUCGAAACAGAAGAAAAAAAUCCUCUGCCAUCAAGCGAAACUAUCAAAGAAGAGGCUACUGAAUCAAGAGCUGAAGUUAAGACAUUCGACCAGUCGAAGCUGAAACAUGUUGAGACAGAAGAAAAAAAUCCACUUCCAACGGCUGCCACGUUAAAAGAGGAAACACGCCCUGAGGUUUUACCAGAUGUUUCCGGUGUUGCGAAUUUUGAUGCUUCAAAACUUAAGCAUGUUGAAACAGAAGAGAAAACAGUUCUCCCAACUGCUGAUGUUAUCAAGGAGGAAGCUACAGAUUCGAGAGCUGAAGUGAAAUCCUUUGAUCAUGGAAAAUUAAAACAUGUUGAAACUGAAGAGAAAAAUCCACUCCCUACUGCUGCCACAUUAAAAGAAGAAACACGACCCGAAAAAUUACCAGAUGUUUCUGCUGUUGCAAAUUUUGAUGCUUCAAAACUUAAGCAUGUUGAGACAGAAGAGAAAACAGUUCUCCCAACUGCUGAUGUUAUCAAGGAGGAGGCUACAGAUUCGAGAGCUGAGGUGAAAUCCUUUGAUCAUGGAAAAUUGAAACAUGUUGAGACAGAAGAAAAAAAUCCACUUCCUACCGCUGCCACGUUAAAAGAGGAAACACGUCCUGAAAAAUUACCAGAUGUUUCUGCUGUUGCAAAUUUUGAUGCUUCAAAACUUAAACAUGUAGAAACAGAAGAGAAAACAGUUCUCCCAACUGCUGAUGUUAUCAAGGAGGAGGCUACAGAUUCGAGAGCUGAGGUGAAAUCCUUUGAUCAUGGAAAACUAAAACAUGUUGAAACAGAAGAAAAAAAUCCACUUCCAACGGCUGCCACAUUAAAAGAAGAAACACGACCAGAAAAAUUACCAGAUGUUUCUGCUGUUGCUCAGUUUGAUGCUUCAAAACUUAAGCAUGUUGAGACAGAAGAGAAAACAGUCCUCCCAACUGCUGAUGUUAUUAAGGAGGAGGCUACAGAUUCGAGAGCUGAAGUGAAAUCCUUUGAUCAUGGAAAAUUAAAACAUGUUGAAACUGAAGAGAAAAAUCCACUCCCUACUGCUGCCACAUUAAAAGAAGAAACACGACCUGAAAAAUUACCAGAUGUUUCAGGUGUUGCUCAGUUUGAUGCGUCUAAAUUAAAGCAUGUUGAAACAGAAGAGAAAACAGUUCUUCCAACUGCUGAUGUUAUUAAAGAGGAAGCUACAGAUUCGAGAGCUGAAGUGAAAUCCUUUGAUCAUGGAAAAUUAAAACAUGUUGAAACUGAAGAGAAAAAUCCACUCCCUACUGCUGCCACAUUAAAAGAAGAAACACGACCCGAAAAAUUACCAGAUGUUUCUGCUGUUGCAAAUUUUGAUGCUUCAAAACUUAAGCAUGUUGAGACAGAAGAGAAAACAGUUCUCCCAACUGCUGAUGUUAUCAAGGAGGAAGCUACAGAUUCGAGAGCUGAGGUGAAAUCCUUUGAUCAUGGAAAACUAAAACAUGUUGAAACAGAAGAAAAAAAUCCACUUCCAACAGCUGCCACAUUAAAAGAAGAAACGCGACCAGAAAAAUUACCAGAUGUUUCUGCUGUAAAAGAUUUUGAUAAAAAGAAUUUAAAGCACUCUGAAACUGAGGAAAAAAAUGUUUUACCAACGAAAGACGUUAUAUCCGAGGAAAAAGUGGAAACAAGAGCUGAAGUAAAAUCGUUUGAUAAAUCAAAUCUAAAACACGUUGAACCUGUUGAGAAGACAGCUGCACCUACCGCAGAGGGUAAAAAUACUCCUGAAUCUACUGAAACUACUAGUAGUCGCCCUGCAACAACAACCCAGCCAAAAAAACCCUGUAACAUCCUGUAGUAAUACACUAUCAACAAUCUUCUAACAUUAUAUGACAUAUUGCGAAAGAGAAAGCUGGAAAAUAAUUAUGAAAUGACUUUAUAUAAGAUAAAUUUUGUUGUAAAGACGAACCUGCUCAUUCUUCCCAAGUAGCAGGAUUAGCGUGGUAGUUAAUCUCUGUUUUCUUUUGAUGGAUCGAUCAGACAUGAUGCUUCAUGCGUAAUACUUCAAACACGGAUGCUUGAUCAGAACGAAAUUCCGUUAUUGUUGAUUUGAUUUUUUUUAAAAGUAAAAAUAAAGAAAAAAUAUAAUUUGUAUAGCUUCUAGAUUUUGUAAUCGUAAAUGUUUUUGUAAUUUUUGUAUUUUUAAAAGUGCUUUGUUUUCUUCGUUCACAUCUGCCGCUACUGCGUUUUCUUGGGAUCUUCAAAAAUAGCCCAAAAUUACAUUCGUUUACAAUGAAUCAGCAGGCGACAGUUCGUACUACUUUGGACUUAAAUAUGCUACAAAUUUUUAGCAAAACUUUUGAUCAUCUAUAUGUUGGUAUGUAAAAUCUUCGUAUUGCUAAAAUAUUGUGGUGUUAAAAUAUUGAAUUUGUUCCACGAUUAUUAUUGAUUUAUAUGAAAAAUACACAUAAUUAUGAACAAAAUAUUA